AUGGUCAUGUUACGGAUUAUAUUGCUUUUACUUCAUCAAGGAUACGCUCUAGUUCCAGUGAAAACUGUUCAGCUUGGUGAACCAGCGAACAUAACAUGUGCUUUGCCCAGUGGGGUCAGCAUUGGAGGAGUCCACUGGUACAAGCAGAGUGUCGGAGAUACUCUCAAAUUAAUAGUGUCACUGUUGAAAACUGCAACACCUCAGUAUGGUCAAGAAACAUUUAAAUCAAGAUUUCAAGCAAAUUAUGAUAAGAAAUUUAGCAACCUGACCAUUUUGAAAGCAGUCCAAGACGAUGAGGGAAUCUAUCACUGUGGAAUCAUAGAGUGGAUUAAUCCUGAAUGGACGGGAACAUAUUUGUUAGUAAAAGGAAAUAAUGAGACAGCAUCAGAUUAUACUGUUGUUCAAUGGCCAACAGUGUUGAAUCCACUGCGCUCAGGAAAUUCAAUGACUCUCCAGUGUUCAGUCUAUUCUGACUCUGACAAGAUGUGUCCCAGAGAUUAUAAUGUGUUCUGGUUCAGAGCUGGAUCAGAUCCAUUACACCCAAGCAUCAUCUACACUGAUGGAAACAGACACAGUGAAAGUGAGAUAAUGUCAGACUCAGAGGAGAGGUGUCUUUAUCGCUUCUCUAAGAACGUCAGCUCCUCUGAUGCUGGGACUUACUACUGUGCUGUGGCCACAUGUGGGGAGAUAUUAUUUGGAAAUGGAACUAAACUGGAUGUUGAAGGUUUCUCCAUGGAAAUGUCCAAUAGUGUGUGUGGGGAUCCACAGCCCUGCCCCCAAAGGUAUAAAACAGGCAUGGAGGAGACCUGGGCCACAGGCAUCCAGAGGCCCCUCAGAGCACAGGAGCCUCAGGAGGACCAGCACAGGGACAAUCACGGCAGAGGGGAGCCCCAGAAGUCCUCUUAUUGA